GAGAGAGAGAGAGAGAGAGAGAGAGAGAAUGGAGGAGGAGAAGAAAUCAAGAUUCAAGAGAAUUUGUGUGUUCUGCGGCAGCAGUUCCGGCAAGAAACCAACCUAUCAAGAAGCCGCCGUUGAGUUGGGAAAAGAACUGGUGGAGAGGAAGAUUGAUUUGGUGUAUGGAGGUGGAAGCGUGGGUCUGAUGGGUCUUGUUUCUCAGGCAGUUCAUGAUGGUGGGCGCCAUGUUCUAGGGGUUAUUCCAAGAACUCUUAUGCCCCUAGAGAUAACGGGACAAACGAUUGGAGAAGUACGAGCUGUAUCCGGUAUGCACCAAAGGAAGGCCGAGAUGGCCCGACAAGCCGACGCCUUCAUUGCCCUUCCCGGUGGUUAUGGGACUCUUGAAGAGUUGCUUGAAGUUAUUACAUGGGCUCAGCUCGGAAUCCAUCGUAAACCGGUGGGGCUGUUGAAUGUUGAAGGUUACUACAACUCGUUGUUGUCAUUUCUUGACAAGGCCGUUGACGAAGGCUUUAUAUCUCCAACUUCUCGUCGAAUUAUUGUUUCUGCCCCGUCAGCAAAACAGUUGGUCCGAGAGCUUGAGGAGCAUAUUCCAGAAUACGAUGAAAUUACAUCGAAGUUGAACUGGGAAGAUGUUGAGAGACUGAAUUACAUUCCUGAUGAAUCUGAUGUUCCAACGUGACGCAGAGAUGACGAAAAAAAUGUCGAUUUUUGGCUCUAGAUCAACUUUCUAGCAUAUAUGACUUUAUUUUUGCUGCACAGGAAAUCCUUUUUUUAUUUUCUUUUUUUG